AUGAUACUCGAGAAGAAACGAAAUGCUGCCGCGUACUGCACCACCACAGUCAGUGUGGUGCUUGGCACUCUGCAGGUUUGCAAGAAAACAUCGAAAAAAGUUCCUCCUCAACGCGAGUAUGCACGUGAAUCACAGAAAGAGGUUAAAAUAUGGUUUCAGAAUCAUCGAUACAAAUGCAAACGGCAAGCCAAGGAGAAGGCAAUGGCAGAGCAGAACCAGCAUAAUCAGUCAGCCAGCUCACCACGACGUGUGGCCGUACCAGUACUAGUUAAAGAUGGCAAGCCGUGUUCCGGCGGCUCUAAUUCAAGCGGUUCUGCUCAACAGCAGCAACAUCAGCAGCAGCAGCAGCAGCAGCAGGCUCAACAGCAGCAGCAGCAAGUAAGCGGCAGCAAUAGUUCCCUAACGUCCAGCGGUGGCAGUGGAGGUGGAGGCGGUGGCGGAGGCGGUGGAUCCAGUGUGAUUCUAACCAGUGAUUCUAACAAUACCCACUCACCGGACACGCCCACCACAACGCUGCUAUCGUCGUACAACGGUAGUCACAAUGUGACCGGCCAGAUGCUGCAGCAGCCGUGCAAUAACAGUCUCAUGUCCAACAGCCUGGCCAUGGCGUACCGGAACCAGAACAACUUCAUGGCCAACAGUCAUCAGCAGCAGUGCGGCAGCUACUUGCCUCUGCAAACCCGAGCCUGGUAAUAUUAGGUGAU